GGUGCUACUGUACCUCCCUGAAACGAGUUUUUGCAGGGUGGGAUGUCUGCAUUUGAGAGCUCAUGUCUUAACCAUGAGGUGACUGAAGCAGUGGGGGUGUAAAGGAGAUGGUUUACUCGCACCGAGUCUAAUUUGGUCUUCUUGAGGGGUGUGGCAUUGAUGAGACCGGUGUCACGCUAUAGCCGUGGGGAGACUCCUGCAAUCGGCUGGUUGGUUCACUUAUCAAAGUGGAAAACUCCUUCUUUGUGUCACACCCAGAAGUCUCGCUCCGAAGUUUGGUGCGGAUGCCACUACAGAACCGGCACACGUGCGUUAUAGAAGAGUGAAGAUUGGAAAUCAGACUGUCCUCCCAAAAAUCUCAUUGUUUAUCAUUCGAUGGGGAUUCCUAAACUUGCAACGUUAUUCGCAGUUUCAGGUUAUCUGAACCUGAUGCUCUCACUGGUGUUGAUGGAAGCUUCACAUGUAGAUGAUUGUACAGAAUGGGAGUAUACACAUAAUGGUUGGUGCUGUCCAUCAUGUGAAGCAGGUAUGAGAGUAUCUGAACACUGCACUCGUCAGUUCAGCACACAGUGUGAACAAUGCCCAGAUGGGGAAUACUCUGACCGUUACACUGGAUCGGACAAGUGCUUGGAGUGUAAACCAUGUGAUCAAGAGCUGGGACUUCAAACUAAAGAAAACUGUACUGCCACUCGCAAUACGAUAUGUGAGCCCAGGGAAGGGUAUUAUUGCAUUGACAGCUGUCAGAUGGCCGGAAAGCACACCGAAUGCCCGCCUGGUGAAGGAGUUAAAGAGAAAGGAACACCUUUCAAUGAUACUGUGUGUGAGAAAUGUCCUCAUGGAACAUUUUCAAGCGAAGCUUCAACAACUGAAGAAUGUAAGAACUGGACAGUAUGUGAAACACUCAAACUUAAACAGGUCGAACCAGGGAGCGCUGAAGCUGACGUGAAGUGUAAAGCAGAGCACAACGGGAUAGGUACCAUUCAUGUUGUUGUGACUGUUGCUUUCAUCGGAAUUUUUCUUGGUAUCGUGGCAUAUGUUUUGUGGAGGAAACACAAAUGUAAACAAGGUAACCGGAACAUUCUAGGCACCAGUAUGACCAAAAAUGGACUACAAUUGGAAUCCAUCUGAUGUAAAUAUAACCUGUAAUAAAGGUGGGGGGCAUCUUUUGAAGACACUGACAUGGAGUUACACUCUGACUUCUGUUCUUUGCGGGAAUGGGACCUGCUCUCAGGGCCUCACGACCGGCCGCUUUUUGAUAUCCCAAGGAUGCGGCCUGGUAAAGCAACACGCCUUCAGGGUUCCGGGAAUGUGAUGAUUCCAGUCCAGUGCCCCUGACUGAAGCAUAGCGGGGGAAUACGGAACAUAGGGAGCAGCUGGUUAGCUGCUGGGGGCUGUAUGUCUGGAGAGUUGUACAAGUGCAGAGCUUGGAAAAAGCGACGCAAGACUUUUAACAUCCUAAAUCAGCAAAUUGUUUGUUACGUCUCCCCUCUUGCUGUGAAAUGGGGACACCUCUUUUUCCCGUAUUAGGGAGAGAGAGAGCCUGUGGUAUGUCGAAUUGACCGGGCGAACAAGAAGUUUUGGGGUACUGCAAGUCUGUGUCUUUAUUGAUGCUUUGCUGCAUCAAUACAAGUGCUUGGUGGAGGGUGCUGAUGCUUUUUUGCUGGUGGGGGGGGGGUCUUGUACAUCUUUUUAAAUUUUUUUUAUUCUUUCUUCUCUUCAAAUAUUUGUAUAUUUGUACACUGGUAAUGCUACUCUGACACUGUAAUUUCCUUUGGGAUCAAUAAAGUCUAUCUAUCUGUCUACUCUCUCUCUCUCUCUCUCAUUUUCAACAUCCAGGCAGACAUUCCUAUCUCCCAGCCCAACAUCACCCCUCCUCAUCAUGACUUGAACUUUAAUGGGAUCUGGUUGCCAAUGUUAUAUAACUAUAUGUUAUAAUUAUGUGGUUUUUGUCAGUUAGUCUUUUAUCAAUUAUGGUAUUCUCUGCACUGUUGUAACUAAAUGUUUACUAUAACUAAGUGGUUUUGUGUAGGUUUUUGGUUUGUUGGGUGGUAGAGCUGGUCUCUUGACUUGGUGUGUCUGGGUAGUCUUGUUUUGUCUGAUGGGUUUGGAGUUCCUUUCUGGGGAACGUGCUAAGAUGGUAGCGCGAUAUUGAUACGCAGCAGCCUCUCCGGACUCUGGACUGGGGAUUACCAAACGUUAUGUGGUUUUUCUUGUGUGGUCUGUUUUUCGCGUGCUUUUUUGUGAUACCAUUCCGUAGGACAUUGUCUCAUUUUUUAACUGCAUUGUAUGUGUGGUUUCUAAUUGACAAUAAACGGAAUCUGAAUCUGAAUUAGCUCGGUA